AUGUCCGAUCCGCAGUCCGCCUCCCGCUCACUCGCUCCCGCUCCCGGCCUUCCGCAAAACACGAAGAGUCCCGACAAUGUAGUUCAGGGUCGGAAACAUAAAACCACCGCCUGCACGGCGUGUAAGCAGAAGAAGCUCAAAUGCAGGGGAGAUCCACCAUGUCAACACUGCGUGGCCAACGGCAUCGAGUGCCAUGUCGACGAGAUGGCUGAUAUGCGUCGCAAAUUCGCCAUGAAACGGAAGCUGGAGCGGCUCGAACAAGCCGAAGAGACUCUGACGCGGCUGCUUGAAACGCUCCGAGAUAGCGAAAGUAAAGAUCUGGCCCAGGUGCUGAAUCUCAUCCGAAGCAACGCCUCAUUCGACGAACUCCAAUUGUAUCUUGACAAGCAGUUAUCCGGGGAUGGUUCUGAAAUAUCACCGGGCCUGCAGCAAGUUCGAAACCAACUUACUCGCCCAUCCGAAGAAGCUGAUGAAGUUGGUCGGUCUGCGCGCAGUGGCAGCCGCCGUAUUCUGGAUGUGCGCCGCCUCGCAGACACCCCGGUCUAUCGAGUACCCGCAAAGCCGUGGACGAGGGUCACCGACGACGAUGAAUUGGUAUCUCAUUUGGUCUCGCUCUGGUUAACGUGGACCUAUCCGUUCUUUGACUGGUUGGACAAAGACGCCUUUAUCCGGGAUAUGCAGGCAGGCCGACUUAACUGCCAAUUCUGUACACCAUUCCUGGUAAAUGCCAUCCUCGCGGAGGCUAGUUACCUUUCCGACUACGCCGAAGUAUUUACCGUCCCAAACGACAUGUUUUCUCGAGGUGAUCACUUCUAUGAAGAGGCGCGUCGGUUGUUAGAGGAAGAGGAAGGGUCAGCUAGUCUACCGACCAUUCACGGCCUCCUCGUGCUAUUUAUCCGUCUCACUCUUAUGGGAAAGGAUAGAUUGGGUUGGAUGUAUCUCGAUCUAGCCAUCCGAGCGGCCCAAGAAUAUGAAACUGCACAUCCACCUAGGUCGACGAACUCGGAAUCUGAUCGCAUUCUUGAAGAUGCGGCGAAUCGCACUCUCUGGGGCGUCUUCUGCAUGGCUUCCACGGCCAAUGUUUCCCUGAUGAAGCACCUUAGUAUUGACCCCCCACGGCGCCCACGCAUAUCGAUGAAACACGGCGAUCCUGAGGACAUUUGGUACCCGUAUCCUCGCGAAGUGGAAUCCGUACCAGGCCACCAUACCUGUGUAUUCGACCGCUGGUGUGAUCUUUCUAGCAUCCUUAUUACGAUCAGUCACGCAUUUCAUGAUUACGAGCGUCGAAUCCCCCGGUCGGAUAUUGCGACAUUUGUGCCGGCCAUCUUUACACAGCUCCAGGGCUGGUAUACCAAUCUGCCGGAAUGCUUACAGGCGGAGACAGCAACUGUUCCCCACGCCUUAAGCCUGCAUCUGCUAUACCAUACGACUGUGAUGCAGAUUUUUGGGUUUAUGCGCGCCAGCAAUGACCUGGUUCUAGAUCCGGCCACAGCCAGUCAUGCCCGAGAACUCUGCCUCGCAUCCGCCCGCCGAAUCACCCAUCUAUUAGGUAUUCAUCGCGCCAAAUGGGGCAUUGAUCGCAUGUCACCCUCGACGAUCCAGUGGUGGAGCAUUGGACUCUUCACGCUCAUGGAAUCUCUCGACUCCCAGGAGAAUAGGAAUGCCUUUGUCGAAUUGUGUAUAAUUGCCCGCGCCUUUGCUCGUCGGAUGCCUCUCGCAAAGGGAAUUCUCCGCAUGAUUCAAUUGUCCGCCAGUCAGAUGCAGGUUGUUUUACCGGAGGAGACGGAGGCGCUCUUUGAGGACUUUGAGACUCUAGCUUGGAAGGCAACCGAUUCUCGGGGAUUCAGCAGUUUCUACCCACACUUCCAUACGGUGGUUCAGCAAGGGUCUUUGCGGCAACCCGAGAUGGAUUUGGAUCAAUUUCUGGCUAAAUGGGAUUCGUUGAGUAUAUCCAAGCUCAACUCCCACGAUCACGACAAUAAUCAUGACGCCGACCCUCCUGGUGGGCCAUGA